AUGAAUGCUCUAACCACGGCCACGAUCGGCCUGAACUCCGGCAUCGUUUGGUUCGGCGCCAUUUUCGGUAGCCUUGUACUCACCAAACUCGGCGAUAUCAUUGGACGAAAGCCCUCGACUUUCUAUGCUUCGUUCGUGGCGAUUAUUGGGAACAUUCUCCAGGGCGCAUCUCAAGAGAUUGCCAUGUUCUUGGUCGCGAGAUUCAUUCUGGGAUUUGGAUUGGGAGGCACGUACGUCGCAUGUCCACCUUUCAUCGCGGAAACGCUGCCGUUGAAUCUUCGUUCCUAUGUCCUGGGCGCCUUGACCGAUUUAUAUUAUGUCGGCGGCCUGCUCUCAGCAGGUAUGUAG